AAGAAGGAAAAAAAACAAAGACUUGCAAGUUGCACCAAUGAAGACUUGUUCUGAUAAUUAUACAUAUCCAACACUCCAUCUGGUUGAGAAGCAGCAGGAGAAGGAAACUUGCACCAAUGAAGACUUGUUCAUGUUAGGAAAGUUGCUGCAACGGGUUUGAAAAAUUCUUAGAACGGCCCUACCAGUGACCAGAUUUGUGGUAAAACUUGGACCUUCAAGAGUUCAAGUUACAUGUAUUACAUAUGGUUCAAAACAUAAUUGAGAGCUCAAAACGCACAUGAAGAUGGGUCUAUUAACCAAAUCUCUCUCAGUCUCUCUCAUAGCCUUAUUUCUCUCUCUCCUCCCAUUGCUUCCAAUCAAAGCCCAUCCCCGUGACACAACAUCAUCCCUUAAUGUUGCUAGCAACGAGACUGAUUUCCGUGCUUUAUUGGCCUUUAAGUCAACUAUUCUUCCAGAAUAUCGACAGGCCUUGAGCUCACGGAAUGAGUCCCUCCAUUUCUGCCACUGGGAAGGUGUCAAAUGCGGUCGCCGACACGAACGAGUCACUGUUGUAGAUCUUGCGUCCAGAGGUUUAACUGGUUCUUUGUCUCCUUACAUCGGAAACCUCAGUUUUCUUCGGGAGCUUAGCCUCUUUAACAACACUUUUACAGGUGAAAUUCCAACUGAACUUGGUAAUCUUUUCAGGUUACAGAAACUAAAUUUAGGCGUUAACGGUUUUGAAGGGAAAAUUCCACCACACCUAUCUCGUUGCUCCAAUCUUAGGGACCUUAGGGUAGGCAAAAACAAGCUAGUUGGAGGGUUCCCGAAAGAACUUGCUUAUUCAAUGCCUAGACUCAUAUCACUCUACGUUAAUGAUAACAAUUUGACCGGAGGAAUUCCUUUGUGGAUUGGGAAUCUUAGUUCUCUGGAAGACUUUAAUGCCGCUGGCAAUCCUCUUGAAGGAAGUAUUCCUAAUGCUUUGGGUCAAUUGAAAAUUUUAAGAGAACUUUGGCUGGGUUCCAGUCAAAUUUCAGGUACCAUCCCUCCUUCCUUAUACAACCAAUCAUUGCUAAUUACAUUAUCAAUGCCUGCAAAUCAACUUCGCGGUAAUCUUUCGCCAACAUUUGGUUUCAUGUUCCGUCACCUAGAGGUCCUUCAGCUAUUCGGCAACCAAUUUGAUGGCCCAAUUCCGCUUUCAAUAUCCAACUGUUCGCAGUUGGUACAACUGGAAAUGGAUGAUAACAAUUUCAGUGGAAAAGUAAGAAACGAUUUCGGAAGUUUAAAAAUCCUCUAUCGGAUAAAUCUUGGUUAUAACAAUUUUGAGACUAAGGGAUCAGAUGGACUUGCCUUUCUUAGUUCUUUGACCAAUUGUAGCAACUUGGGGGUGGUAAUUUUGGAGAAUGGCCAAUUCGGAGGGGUAUUACCAGACUCUGUGGGCAAUCUAUCUAUCUCUUACUUGGCACUAGGUCUAAAUCAGCUGUACGGAUCUAUUCCUUCAACAAUAGGAAACCUUGUGAAUAUUGGAACCUUAGCUAUGAAUAAUAACCAAUUCACAGGCCCGAUUCCCGAUAGCAUAGGUUAUCUUCAUAAGUUGCAAAGGUUGUCAAUUUCACAGAAUAGUAUCUCAGGUAAAAUUCCGAACUCUAUCGGGAAUUUGUCUUUGAUGAAUGAUCUCUACUUGGAGCGAAAUAGACUAGAGGGGGCAAUACCCUCGAGUCUUGGCAACUGUCGCAAUUUGUUACUGUUGACACUUUCUGGUAAUAACCUUAAUGGGAGCAUACCAAGACAACUUUUUACGGUCUCUUCUCUGUCAAUUAGAUUGGAUCUAGCUCGCAACCGUUUGUCUGGAUCCUUGCCAACUGAGGUUGGAAACCUCGAUAAUUUAGCAGAAAUCGAUAUCUCCGAGAAUGAUUUAUCUGGUGAAAUUCCUAGCACUCUUGGUAGCUGUGUCAGCCUUGAAAACCUAUAUCUGCAACAAAAUCUCUUUCAAGGAUCUAUUCCUUCCUCGAUGGCGUCCGUGAGAGGUAUUCAGAAUUUGGACCUUUCCAACAACAACUUAUCCGGUCAAAUUCCGAGAUUUUUAGAGACAUUUAUUUUUCUACAGAAUCUCAAUUUGUCUUUCAAUAAUUUUGAAGGAGAGUUACCAACGAAGGGUAUUUUUACAAAUGCAACUACAAUAUCAAUUGCUGGUAACUAUAGGCUUUGUGGUGGCAUUUCUGAACUACGACUACCUCGGUGCACCACAGAGAAAUCGGGAAAAAGGAUGUCUCUUUUACAAACACGAGGAAUCACAGUAGCUUUGGUAGCAAUCGCAGUAGCUUUGGUAGUCAUUGGACUAAUCGCGGUAUCAUCUUUCGUUAGAGUAUCCGCGGUAUCAUCUUUCCUUAUAUGUCAUCUGUUCAAGAAGAAAAGGAAAACCAAACCUACAAUUACAUUGUUGAAAGAUUCAUUCUCAAAAGUCACUUAUGGAGAACUUCUCAAAGCAACUAAAGGUUUCUCUUCUAGGAAUCUUCUUGGGUUUGGAAGCUUUGGCCAUGUUUAUAAAGGUAUUAUUGACCAAAACGGGAAGUUAGUUGUGGCGGUCAAAGUAUUUGACCUUCAAACUCGUGGCGCUAUCAUGAGUUUCGUGGCAGAGUGCGAAGCCUUAAGGAAUGUUCGACACCGACACCUAGUUCCCAUCAUAACUUCUUGUUCUAGUGUUGAUUUUCAAGGGAAUGAGUUUAAAGCUCUAGUUUACGAGUUCAUGCCCAAUGGCAAUCUAGAUAAUUGGUUGCAUCCAAUUCCAAAAGCAAAUGAUUUGGAGCAUGGGUUUGUGGGACUCAAUCUUCUACAAAGUGUAAACAUUGCCAUAGAUGUGGCUUGUGCACUCGAUUAUCUUCAUCACCAAUGCGAAAGGCCAAUUAUUCAUUGCGAUUUAAAGCCGAGUAAUAUCCUUCUCGAUGGCGACAUGGUUGCCCAUGUUGGAGAUUUCGGUCAAGCCAGAUUUCGAGCAGAGCUCACCAGCAGUCCAAAUACAUGUAGUUCAACGGCAAUAAGGGGAACCAUUGGAUACAUAGCUCCAGAGUAUGGACUUGGAAAUGAGAUAUCAGCGAGUGGAGAUGUUUAUAGUUAUGGAAUCUUGUUGUUGGAGAUGAUAACAAGGAAGAGACCUACUCACGAAAUGUUUGGGGCAGAUCUUAAUCUUCAUAACUUUGCAAAGAUUGCCUUCCCUCAACGUGUGAUGGAGAUUGUAGACCCUGUGCUCUUAGCGGAGGACAGACAUGGCAGCAUUACGGUGGAAAAUCUGAUCCCCAUUGUAAAAAUAGGACUGGCAUGCUCAACAGAGUCCCCAAAAAAUCGAAUGAGUAUAAAGACUGUACUCCACGAACUACAUCUUGUCAAGAACAAAAUUUUGAAAGGGCGAGAUGGAUAGCUAGACAAUGUUGAUAACUAGGAGUGUCAAAAUCAGCAUAGACAGACCUCAAUGAUCCAGGAGGACCAAUCCCACCUUUCAUUAGACAAUGUUGGAAGCAAGCAAGAAAGAAGAAACGAAUCAUCUUGGCAAUGCGGCAAUGCCCACCAUGACCCUGCAGUAUGGGUAUAUUGAUUAUAAAGCAAGAUUCAAGUUAAUUAAUGUUGUGGCUAAUAAUGUUUUCAUUCCAAACUUGAUGAAUUAUAUGUUAGGACAGCAUACCAAUGCUUUCCUAAGUUUUCUAAGUAUGCCUUCGACUUCUCUGAACCGGUAGGUUUCGCCUCGUUUAUAUUUGCUUACUUUUCCAAAUGCUAUCGCAUAUUUACUGUAUAUAUUCAAUAUGGGCAAAAAAAGCAAGUAUAUUAUGCUCUUC